AUGCCCAGCGUCUCAAUCGCAGCUCCUGCUCGCUGCUCCAACCCUAUCUUUGGUCAUGAUCCAUAUCCAGCUCCUGAUCACUAUCCCAGCCCUAGCUCUUGCAUAGCUCCAUACUAAGCUUUCCUGAUCACUAUCCCGGCCGAACUCCUGAUCACUGCUCCAGUGAUGUCCGUGGACAGCGACUCGUCACUUUCGCGCUGAGAGGCUCGGACGCGUCUUGGUUUUGAGUCGCAGGUUGAUGAUGUCAUGGCAGCGCCGGAAUCUCUAAAUCUGUAAAGUCUCGAGGUAGUGGCCGUUUCGAAAUGAGGGAGAUUCCGUUAUCAAAUUGUGAGAGACAAUUUAUUCUUCAGGCUCUCGCCGAGAAACAGCGUCUUGAUGGAAGACAGACAUAUGACUAUAGAAAUAUCAAGAUCACAUUUGGAACUGAAUAUGGAUGUUGCAUCGUGGAACUAGGUAAAACAAGAGUCCUUGCACAAGUAUCAUGUGAACUUGUUACUCCCAAACCUAGUCGGCCUACAGAGGGCAUAAUUUUCUUCAAUUUGGAGCUCUCUCCGAUGGCUUCUCCUACAUUUGAAGCUGGCCGGCAAUCUGAGCUAUUAGUUAAAUUAAACCGAUUGCUGGAGAGGUGUCUGAGGAAUUCCAAGUGUAUAGACACAGAAUCGCUCUGUGUUGUCGCAGGUGCAAAGGUGUGGCAAAUACGUGUAGACUUACAUUUGUUAAACCACGAUGGGAACAUUAUUGAUGUUGCAAGCAUAGCAGCUAUUGUGGCACUGUCUCACUUCAAAAGACCUGAUGUCUCUAUUCAAGGAGAAGAAGUCACGGUGUACAGUCCAGAGGAACGUGAUCCAAUUCCAUUGAGCAUACAUCACAUGCCCAUUGCUGUCAGCUUUGCCUUCUUCCAGCAGGGAACUUACCUGUUGGUAGAUCCGAUCGAACAUGAGGAGCGAGUUAUGGAUGGACUGCUGGUAAUCGCUAUGAACAAACACCAUGAACUAUGCACUAUUCAGUCUAGCGGUGGAAUAAUGCUUCUAAAAGAUCAGGUUCUCCGUUGUACUAAAAUAGCUGGUGUGAAGGUGGCAGAAAUCACAGAGUUGAUGCAAAAAGCUCUUGAAAACGAUAAGAAAGUCAGGAAAGAAGGUGGGAAGUUUGGUUUUGCAGAAUCCAUACCAAAUAAACGAAUCACUGCCUUUAAGCUAGAUGAAACUCCAGUGGAUACAGACGGUGUUGAAGAGCAAGUUGAAGAGAUUGUAUCAAAGGCUGAACCGCCCACACUACAUAUUCCAAAACCAAUUGUGCGUGCUCCUGGAACAGGUCAAAUUGGGGAAGGGAUCCAAAAUGAAUGGAUGAUCGAUGAUCUAGAGGAAGAGGAAGAAGAUGAUGAAGAGGAUAUUGUUCCUGAACCAUGUGCCCAGAGUUUGCGAAAUGAUAAUGAAAGAGCAAACAUGUAUACAGAUGCUGACGUUAUCCAACUUUCAGAUAGUGAAGAGGAAGAAAUUAUAAUACUGGAACCAGAAGGGACAGAAAAGAAAGGAAGAAAACUAAAUUCUGAAGAAGCACCACAAAUAUCAACAAGAAAAAUAGUACCAAAAAACAAAAACAAGAAAAAACAGAAGAAAAGAGGCCAGCUGUGAAAUUACCUGUCAAAUAAUUUGAUGAUGGAACCUUCUGAAGCUAUAUAUAAGUGCAUUACUUUGCCAUACAUGUUAAUGUGUUAUCGUUGGAGGAGGCAUAUAAAAUUGCACCGUUGCAGGUGUUAAGAAAUGGAUUUCACUUGAUAUUCUUUAUAUUUACUUAUUUGUAACAAGUGACUGUUUUUCAAAUAUGUAAAACUUUAUUUGGAUAAGUUCAUUUAAAUAGUCUUUUGGGUCUUUGCUAACCCUUUAUUGAUACCUUGUUGACUAAUUGGCAACAUCUCAGGGGUUUUAAAUUUCAAUUCAUUAUGUCUGUGGUUAUUUUAGCAGUUUCACCUUUGUUGCUACUUAAUGGUUCAGCUUAGACCUUUCUGCUAUUUGUGCAAAGGUUGUCUACGAGAGCUGUAAAGUAAAUUUUAUCUUACCCCAACUUUUUAAAUUUGCCUUUUUAUUCCUCCUUUCAACCAAGUUUAUUAAUACACCUGGAUGUUGACCUGUUUAAGUUUAUUUUCUUGAAUAUAAUCCUGUAGAGAAUUUUUGAAAUUGAAUGAACAGCUCUGAAGCACCGUUCUUACAAUUAAAACCUUGCUUGACCAUUUGGAAUCUGA